AUGGAUUCACGCAAGUAUCAGCAACCAUCUACUCCGCCGCCGCCUUACUAUUCCGUCGUCAAUGAUAAUCGACAGGAACAUCGUUCCGAUCAACAUUCAAAUCGAAAUUAUCCCGAAUCACGUGAAGCGCCCGAUUUCAAUGAGUUCGUCAGACGCUAUGAAAGUUCGAUGAGUGCGCCAGUUGGAGAAGUUACUAAUCCAUAUGAAAAACAAAGGACACGCUGGGAUGAGUUAAAGCAAACAGUAUCGAUUGUUGUCGAUCUGGCCAGUGUUCUUGAUCCUGAUGGUGCUGACGUCUAUUUUCUCAAUCGUGAGCCCAUGUUGCAUGUGCACAAUUCGUCGGAGUUAGAAAACAUCUUUGCUAUGGAACCAGAAGACGACGACCAGUGUAUGGGGUACUUGAACGAUUGGGACAAAAAGAUUCCGAAUCUCGAUGUUGUCGACGACUAUCGAAGUGAAAAGAAGGAGAUUCAAGCCUGCCGUGGCAGAGAUUUGCCAUUCAGUUUCGGUGAUUUCUGUUUUGUAUUGGGUCUCACUACAGCAUGGUCACGACACGGUGGUGGACGGGGUAGAGGUGGUUAUGGUUCCUUUCAACGUAUUUGUCAGUUAGCUCAAUCCAAUGUAACACAAGCCCAAAUACUCUAUAUUCAAGGUCAACUAUUAUUAACAGCAUUACAAGCGAAUAGUUCAUAUACAACCUUGUUAAAUUCCUAUACUCGAACAGUUGCUUAUAUAAAAAAUUCAGCAAAUCAACAGUUAUUUUUUAAUAAUUGUGCAUUAUUUGUUAACGGUUUGCAGCAGUCGAUGAUGCAAGAUAAAACAUUAAGUAAACAAUUAAAAUCGAAUAUUCGACAGCAAUUCACUCAGCUAUUAAUAACUGUGUUUGGCAACAGUCAAUGGUAUUGGUAA